UUAGGGUUUCAAAAAUCCCCGCCAAUUCUCUGUUCCCCUCCCCCUUCUCUCAUGGCGGUAGAGGACCAGAGUCCGGUGACCCCUGCACCAAUUCCGACACGCGGCGACAAAGUCUCUGAGACUGGCUCUUGCCACCUUGCCACGGCGCCAUCACCUGGUAAUCCAAACACUAGUGACACUUCUCCGACGAAGCCAGCCAGCCCCAAAGAUUUCAUCAUUUCUGUUGCCUCCAAGAUUGCUUCCCAGCCUCUUCAGAACUUCGAUCCUAGCGUUUGGGGCGUCCUUACUGCUAUUUCUAACAACGCUCGUAAAAGGCAACAGGGUAUUAAUAUAUUAUUAACUGCCAAUGAGCACUGUAUUGGGCGUGUGGUAGAGGAUAUGCGCUUCCAGAUUGAUUCUCCUGCUGUUAGUGCUAAACAUUGCAUGUUAUACAGAACGGAAGGCACUAAUGAAAAAAUGGAGAGCGUGGCAUCAAUUUGGUUGAAAGAUACAAGCACAAAUGGAACUUAUCUCAACUGGGAGAGGCUCAAAAAGAACAGUACUGCUGUCAAAGUUUGUCAUGGAGAUAUCAUAUCAUUUGCUGCUCCUCCUCAGCAUGAAGUUGCAUUUGCUUUUGUAUUUCGAGAGGUGCUCAAGUCUGCUUCUUCGCUGGAUAAUGGAGCUGCUAAAAGAAAAGCAGAGGAAUUUGUUUCUGAAAACAAGAGAUUAAAAGGAUUAGGAAUCGGUGCUCCUGAGGGUCCCAUAUCACUUGAUGAUUUUCGAAGGCUCCAAAGAUCAAACACGGAACUAAGAAAGCAGUUAGAAGAUCAGCUUGUAUUAAUUGAGACUCUGCGUAAUAAAAAUCGUGCAGCUGUUGAGCAACAUGGAAGUGAAUUAAAAUCAGUCAGAGAGUCCGUUGAGAAAUCUUACCUUGAUCAAUUGAAAGAAUUACAGCAGAUGGUGGAUCUCAAACAGAAGGAAGUAGGUGAAAUCAACAGAGUUUCUGCUGAACAAAAGCAUGCUGUGGAAGACUUAAAUGAAAGGCUUAAUGCUUCUAUGCAGUCGUGUAAUGAAGCAAAUGCCAUAAUAAGUAGUCAAAAGGUAAAUAUAGCUGAACUUGAGGAGCAAUUACAUGAAGAACAAAGUCAGCGAAAAGAAGAGCGAGAAAAGGCUGCAGCUGAUCUGAAAGCUGCUGUACAUAGAGUUCAAUCUGAAGCUCAAGAGGAAUUGAAACGAUUCUCUGAUGAUGCAUUAAGACGAGAAAGAGAGUUACAAGAAUCGAUGAAGAAGCUGCAGGAGUUGGAGAGGGAAAGGUGUUUGCUAGUUGAAACCUUGAGGUCCAAGCUGGAGGACACCAGGCAAAAGGUGGUUGUCUCUGAUAAUAAAGUCCGGCAGUUGGAAACUCAAGUUCAUGAUGAGCAGCUUGCUUCAGCAAAUCAUAUAAAGAGAGUAGAAGAACUUGAGCAGGAAACAAGAAGAUUAAAGAAAGAGCUUCAGAGUGAAAAGCAGGCAGCUCGAGAAGAAGCAUGGGCUAAGGUUUCUGUUCUUGAGCUUGAAAUGAAUGCUGCAGCACGGGAUCUUGAUUUUGAGAGACGAAGGUUUAAAGCUGCCAGGGAAAAACUCAUGCUUCGGGAAACACAGCUACGAGCAUUUUAUUCAACAACCGAGGAGAUACAAGUACUGUUUGCUAAGCAGCAGGAACAAUUGAAAGCAAUGCAGAGAACCUUAGAAGAUGAAGAGAAUUAUGAGAAUGCUUCUAUUGACAUGGAUGUAGUCAUUGGUGGAAACUCAGGUCAAGGAAAUGAAGUUGCUGCAUACCAUGCUAAAAGUUCUGCCAAGGCUGGAUCGACAUCAUCUGCACAGAAGCAUAUUGGAGAUCAAGCGGAAACAUCCAGCAAUGAGGCCAGCGUAACCGAGAAGCAUGAUUGCGAUGUCAGGAGUGAAGAUUGCCAAAAUACACAAGAGGCAGAAUUCACCAGUGCAGAUCACGACCAUGGUGCCAAAGAUGGCUUUGGUUCUGACAUUGAUGGUGGUGGCACUUUGAAGGAGGGAGAUGCUGUUGACACUGAACGUGUACUUGAAACUCAAAGUCCUGCCAAUUAUAAUGAACAAAAAGUUGAUUUGAAUAAGGAUCCUGCUUUAGUUGGGGAAACAAUGCAGUUUGAUGACGAUAUGAAUGUUCAAGACACUGAGGAGCAAGGUCAAACAACUUGUCGGGAAGUUCAUGUGGACACACAAAAGACCAUUGUUGAGGACACUGAAGCUGGAGGCACAAUCAGAACUGCGGAUCUUCUAGCUUCUGAAGUUGCUGGUAGCUGGGCUUGCAGCACAGCGCCUUCUGUGCAUGGAGAAAAUGAUUCUCAAAGGAGCAGGGACAACAAUGAAGGUGCUGGGGAUGAUUCGAUUCAUCCAGUGGCAGAGUCUCAGAGUACUCCAGAUGCUGCUGCUACUAAAUGGAAUUCUGAACUCCGAGCACUUAGCGAGAUGAUUGGCAUUGUUGCUCCUGAUCUGAGGGAGCAAUUUGAAGGUUCUGUGAAUGAUUGUGAUCAACAGAGAGGAAAAGGUGGUACUCGGCCUGAUUCAGAUACUCAAGCUGCAGAAACGCUGACAAUGAUGCUCAAAUCAAAAAGUGGAUCUGCAUCUGAUGCAGAGACUAGAGGUAAUGACCAUGUUGAGGAAGAUGGAGAUUCCGAAGCCACUCAAGAUAAUAAUCCCAUGGAUGAAGAUUCCGAAGCCACUCAAGAUGAUCCUCUUGGGUAAUGGGCAGUGGUAUUUUGAUUGAAAUUUGUGUUUUAACUACCGAUGCCCGUCCAAACGGGGGACAUUCAGGGUUGCCUUCAAAUGAGUCGGUGAUAGGUGCUAUCCUGGCAGUUGCAUGUGAUACAUGCUUGUGGCCCAUAGAGCAUCCAUGAAGUGUUCCAGUUGGGCCGCGGAUGCUAAAGCCCUCUGUUGUGAGCCUUCUUAUCUGUGGCUAUUCCUGUCCUCUCUUCUCUGGUUGUCAGGUAUCAUAUUGUAUAUACUUAGUUGGCUUUGUCAAUAUUUAGCUAUAGGUGGGAUUGUAAUUUUAGUCCGUGGUUCAAGCAACUUAAUAAUUGUAGUAUUUAUUGGGAUAGCUUUAGUCUUGUGAUGUAUUUAUUAGGGAAGUUUAUUCUUAUAUUUAGUUUUCAAUGUGGUUUUGCAUAUGAUUAACACUGA